ACACUCAGACAGCAGGCACACGUGGAGCACAGCGGCAAAAAGAAAGACAGAGAGAGCGAGAGAGAGAGAGAGAGAGAGAGAGAGAGAGAGAGAGAGGGAGAGAGAGAGAAACAAACUGCUGCCACAGGCGGUGAGUCAUUUUUCUUGUCGGGACUGAAGCAGCCAAAUUGACUUCAAGGUCGCUUGAAGUAAAUCAACAUCACAUGAGUGGAGCCGAAAGUGUGCCAUUAUAACAAACCUUUCUUCCAGAGGAUUUAAGUCAUUGACUGAAUGAUUCUUGGGAUGUGAGAGAAGAAGAGGAUCCUGGAAGCUGCGGCCACCUGUUGCACUGCAGCUUUAGCAUCACUUGGCAGACACUCUGCUGUUACAAGGGACUAGUUACAAAAAAAAAUCUCAAUUGCUUAGCCCGUGUCGACCUAAUAGUUUCCCUGAACAAACCUGUCAAAAGAGGCUCCGGGGAUUAACUUGUGGCAUUAAAGAUGACUUUCACAAUGCUGCGCACGGCGUCUCCCGCAGGCCGCUUCUUGUACGGCGACAUCGCUCUCCUCUCCGAAGACGAUGAUGAGAAUGGCAGCUCAGGCUCAGGCUCGGAGGAGCGCUCCAGCAAUUCUGCGGCCUUUCGCCUGUCAUCCUCGUCGCCCUCUGCCUUUCACAUCAAGAUGAGCAGGAAGAGAAAGCUGUGCAUGGGAGGAGCAGGCGCAGCAACGGUCGAGGCUGUUCUAGGGAGGCUGGGACCCCCCGGCUCAUCUCCCCCGACUGAAAUCCGUCAGAGGACAGCGGCCAAUGCUCGCGAGAGGGAUCGAACCAAUUCUGUCAACACCGCAUUCACGGCGCUGCGCACGCUCAUCCCCACUGAGCCUGCAGACAGGAAACUGUCAAAGAUCGAGACUCUUCGCUUGGCCAGCAGCUACAUCAGUCAUCUGGGGAACGUUUUGCUCCUGGGCGAGGGGCUUCAUGACGGACAGCCCUGCCACGCUCCAUCGCCGCCGUUCUUCCACGUCAACUCCUCCCCCAAUCGAGGAUCCGAUCAAUCAGGCCAGCCCAAGCACAUCUGUACGUUCUGCCUCAGCAACCAGAGAAAAAUGAACAAAGACAGAGACAGGAAGACGGCCAUCCGAAGUUAACAACCGAAUGGAGAAAAGGCCGACGCUCUCAGUGAUUGAUUGUUUUUGAAAUACAGUAACUUGAGGACUCAUCACACGUGAUACUUUUCGGAGCAUUUACUUCAAGUACUCCAGCAUUUGUCAUCAGACGCUCGACGCAAAUUUUACCAAAACGUGCCUGUCUAACUUUGCCGUCAGUGCUCUUAAGGAACUUUUUGAGUGUCGCAUUUCAAGACUCUCUUUGACGUGCAUAUAAAAGCAGUGAAGUCCCUUUCAUUGUGGGACUUGAUGACUGUACUCGCUGAGUGUAAAGAGCCCUUUGGCACAUGAUCACACACAAAAAAAAAAAAAAAACACGAAUCUUUGAAAGACCAAUUUGUAUUCAUCAAAAGCUGUGUAAACUGUAAUAUAAAUGUAUAUUUAUGUGACACAACAUUCUAUAUGAAACCAUGUUAUUUAACAGGCAUAUCAAGUUCUUGAAAACUAAGAGUUGCUUGCACAAAAUGUUGCCUUUUGUUACAAGUUUAUGGCAUUAUGUGGUGGUUACAUGCUGGAACUCUUGUUGUUUUCUGAGAAUGUAUAUAGAAAUAUAUAUAUUUUUUGUGUCAUGGUGGAAAAUUACUAGAUGGUCAAUAAAUUGUUUUGUAGCUGGGAGUAAA